AUGGUGGAAGCAAGGCACUUCACUAUAUAUACUGACCAUAAGCCGAUCAGUUUCUCAUUCCACAAAAGGAAGGACAACUGCUCGCCACGUCAGUAUAGGCAUUUAGAUUUCAUUGCCCAGUUCACCACCGAUAUUAGGCAUAUCUCCGGCAAAGACAAUGUCGUUGCCGACACUUUAAGCCGCACCGAAGAACUGGAGGCACCUGUUGACCUGACUGCUAUAGCUGAAUCCCAAGCCUCCGACCUAGAGCUUGCUCAAUUUAUGAAGAGUGGAUCAUCAUCCCUCCGCCUAGAACAGUUCAAUAUACCUGGAAGUCAUACCAAAUUGUACUGUGAUAUAAGUACGCCGACUUCCAGGCCAUUUGUACCCGCUCCCCUUCGCAGGCAGGUUUUCAACAGCCUGCACUGCCUGAGCCACCUAGGUGCGAACGCUAUCUGGCCCGGCAUCAGGAAAGAUUGCCGAGACUGGGCUAAAUCUUGCCUCGCCUGUCAACGUACAAAGGUAACCCGACAUGUGUCUUCUCCUUGGGGCACUUUCGCGUUGCCUCGUACGCGAUUCAGGCAAAUACACAUCGACCUUAUUGGUCCUCUCCCUCCGUCCAAGGGUUACCGAUACUGCCUGACUGUUAUCGACCGAUUUACUAGAUGGCCAGAAGUUGUGCCUUUAGUUGACAUAACGGCGGAAUCAGUUGCACAAGCUUUGCUGUUUCAAUGGAUUGCACGCUACGGUUGUCCUGAAGAAAUUGUCACAGAUCGCGGACGACAAUUUGAGUCCGCAUUGUUUCAAUUUCUGUCUAGGAUAGCCGGAUUUAAGCACAAGCGUACCACAGCAUAUCAUCCAGCUUGCAACGGAAUUAUUGAGCGUUUUCACCGUCAACUAAAGGCAUCGAUAAUGUGCCACGCCGAUAGCAGUUGGACUGAAUCCCUACCGUGGGUUCUACUUGGUAUCCGUAGUGCGUUUAAAGCGGACUUACAGACAUCGUCCGCCGAAUUAGUAUACGGCGAGCCCCUCAGGCUACCGGGUGAAUUCUUUGAACCCAGUUCAGAUGGCCCACAGGACAUCACUGAGUUCACUGCACGUUUGCGUAAAAUCGCUAAAAAUCUUCAGCCUGUACCAACAUCACGCCAUAGUACCGGCAAAACAUUUGUUUUUAAGGAUCUUGCCACUUGUGAUUAUGUUUUUCUUCGCGAAGAUGCUUCACGAGGUUCUUUACAACCAGUAUACACCGGUCCACAUAAAGUACUGUCACGUGACAACAAAGUGUUUAAACUACUGUUUAAGGGUAAAGAAGUCAGUGUAUCCAUAGACCGACUGAAACCGGCCUACAUACUCUCUGACAAUCACUCUUCACAACACUCAACUACCACUCCCUCACCAGUAUAUACUGACAUACCACGUACUACACGUUCAGGGCGCCGAGUAAAUUUUCCGGAUUUUUAUCGCCCAUAG